GAAAGAGCACAUUUAGACUUGUCACUGGCAAAAGAGCUGCAAAUGUCGUCGGGUAAGAUACUACUGAGACCUUUCAGAGGUCGUGCUGACUACCUUGUGCUACAUCUUUCGGAUCUUGUGCGAAUGUCUUUUAUGGGUGCCACUAGCGAUAAUACAGAACUGAGAUUAGCUGGAUUGAACUCGCUGCAGGAUGUAAUCACGCGAUUUUCAACGGUGCCAGAGCCAGAAUUUCCUGGACAUGUCAUAUUAGAACAGUUUCAGGCGCAAGUUAGUUGCUAUGUUUAG